AUGAAGAAAGAUUUAAGUAAAAGACCGGUCAGAGCGAGGAGGAAGAAAACUAUGAAUUCGUUCUAUUAUAACAGCGAUUACAGUAAUGACUUAAACAGUGAGGAGUCCAAAGGACGAAUGAGCUUUCUAAAAAGAGGUGAAGCUUCCGACGAAUAUGAAACAUCAGGGACGAGUAAAACGAAGGAACAGAGGAAAUAUCAUGACAUGUAUAACCACAACCAAAGGGUAGGAAACAACCCAAUGAUGAAUGACCUCCGUGUCAAUUCGAUGAUAUCGCAUGAGAAUAAAAAAAAUGAAUUCUUUGACGAUAGUAACAACUUAAAGGAUUCAAGUGACAAUGAAAAAAGAAUCAGAAUAAAAAACCACCGGGCGCAAAACGAAGAAAUUUUGAACAUAAAAAAUGAAGAAAAAAUGGAGCACAAUGGAAAUAACAACUCCCUUAAGGCAGAUAAAGGGAAGAGCUACAACCCUGGUGCAAAUGGUUCUAGCAAAGCAAAUUGUAAUCGAGCCAAACAUUUAUCCAAUAGUAGUGAAAAUAAUUAUGCCAAAAUGGCAGAGAAGCUACCUCACGUAGUUGGCGUUCGAUUUGACAAAUCACAGAACAGAUGGCUUUCCGGCAUUUGUAUUAAUGGAAGGUGCAUCAAUAGAUACUUUCCAGUCUAUAAGUAUGGUUUUGAGGAGGCCAGAAGGCUAGCCAUACAACACAGGAAAAAUUUCGAAACGGCUAAUUUGGGUCACUUGAAGAAGCAGCAGGGCGAAUCGAAAACGUCCCACCUGAAUCUUCUGAACAUCAAUUCGCAAAUACCAAAUGGAUUUAAAGAUAUCCAUGGAAAGAACAAAUUGAUUUUCAAGUAUCUAUCGUACGACUCCAUCCAAAAGGAGUGGGUAGUCACAUACGACUACGACAACAAGGUCCUGGUGAAUAAAUUCCCCGUGGACAUCUACGGAUACAAUAACGCAUACGAAAUGGCCGUUCAGUGCAUCAACAGGUUGACGGUCUGUAAUCAGGAAAAAAUGUGUAAAAAUGUCAAUCAGGAUGCUAGCCAAAAUGUUAACCAGGAUGCUAGCCAAAGUCUCAACCAAAGUGCCAAUCAAAGUGCUAAUCAAAGUGUCGGUGCGAACGCCGGCCCAAUUGCAAAAAUGUUCAAAGGUGAAAAUAUGAAAGGACUAAUAGCGUCAGAAAAUGACCUCAGCGAACAAAGCGGCGUUGUUUCCGCAUCCCUCGCUCAACGUAAAGAAAAAACAAAUAAACUGUUUAACCUAGCGAAUAAGCUAUUAACAACCCCCAUUGAUAGUGAAGAAAUGAAUGGGCUAAUUUCCCAUCAUGAAAAUAAUAUGUACAACGGGGGUAGUAAACACUUCCUUGGAGGAGAGUACAAUAAUAACACAUACAGUAGUGAGUACCUCUCUGACAAGAAGCAGAAAGUGGGACAAUCAGAUUCGGAUGUAGGGAAUCCUCGUUCGGAUAAAACCCCCCACCCAAAUGAAUAUAACAAUUUUUACAAAAAUGAAACAUCGUUUUUGGGUAACGAUUUUCAUUACUUUAACAAUGCAAUAAAACAGUUAAACUCCACAAACAAUGCAAAUGAUAGUAGUAGUAGUCAUUUCAAGCCGGACUCGUACAACGAGUCAAGUUACGCAGCAGUGAACGGCUCCAGUUUCCCCCUCGUAGAGGACGAUGGAAUUAUUGGAAGCGUUUUUGAUAGUCAUAAAAAUAUCCUCACAAGUGGUGGUAGUAAUAUGCCAGGCAAAGACAUCAACGACGGCAACGAACAGUCAGAUUUGGCCUACUUGAGUAGUAUGAAAAGGAACAGUGAUGAUAACAGUGCCAAGCUAUUGCACCUUCUGAAUACCAGCCUUAUAAGCGAGGAAGACCAAAAUACUUACCACCUCUUGAACAACGUACUUAAGCAUAGCAACGUGAAUAAUAAAUCCAUCGAAAGUGGUAGCACCACGGUGAACCAUACGUUGGAUGAGGAGGAAAGUGAAAAAAGGGCUAUAGGAGUAGUAAAGUGGAACCAUCUGAUAAAGAGCCAGGAGUAUCAAGCGAUAAACAAUAAUGGGCAAUAUAGCAGUAAUAACAACAUGAACAACAUGAACAACGCCUGUAGCAGUAGUAGGAAGAAAGAGAAUCCCUUUCAAGGGAGUACCAAUGAAGGAAUAACGAAUCCGCAAAUUCUUGAAGCCUUUUUAAAAUUGAGCAGCGAAAAAGAUGGACCAUUAGACUCAUCCAUAAAUCUGGACGAAAAUGACCAACAGAGGGAGGACAAACAUGUGCGAAAUGAAUCACGACACUAUGGUGAGGAUACUGGAGAGGGAAGCCACGGUGACCAAAAUGACCUCACCAAUCGGGUGGAGAAAAAUCGCGCCUUUGGUCAAUAUUUCCACGGAGAAAGGGAAACAGAAGGAUCAGUACAUGCCAACGAUGAUGAGGAGAAUUUCCAAAAUGAAGUAGAAAAAAAAAGCAAAAUGAAUGAACAUUUAAAUUACGAAAAUCUACUCAACUUUAACAAAAUGAUAAGGAACCUAAUGAACAAGAAUAAUAAUAAUAACAGUUACAAUGAUGAGAAAAUUAUUAAAGGAAUGAACACCUUAAUAAAUAUGACUACUACCCCCGUGGGGGAUAAAACGGAUGAAAACGUAACGGAUCAGAACAGGGAUAAUGAACAGAGGAGUUAUGGUGCUUCCACCAUGAACGAACUGCAAGGUGUGGUCAAAAGGCACGUGGAGGCGUCCAUCAAUUAUGAAGAUUACAUCACAGUGAAGGAUGAACAGGACGAUGAUGCGAUGAAUGAGGAGGAGGAACAAGGGGAAGAUGCCACCCCGUUGAUGGAUCCCGAAAGUGAAAACCAGGUGCAGUCUGCUCAGAAUGAUGUGGCUGUUUGUCAUACGAGCAGUAAUGGCGACGUAGUAACAAACCAACCAGGCAGUGAAGAAGAGGAGAAACCGAAUGGGGAAAACUCCCCCCAUGAGGAUACGCAAAAAGAAGUGGAAGAGGAAUGCCCAGAAAAAAAUGUCGAAAAUAUAAUCGAUCAAAAUGCAGAGAACAGCAAUGCACCAAACGAUGCCGUGACAACAACGCAGGAGGAUAACCCAACGGAAGCAAACCAACUGGAGGAAAAAAAAACAAAGCAAAACAACGAAUGUAACGAAAUUGCUAUGACGCUAUACCCAUGGAAAAAAGGCAUACAGUGGAACGAGCAAAAAAAUAUGUGGGUAUGCAAAUUAUGGGACGAAAGUGGAAACGAAAUUACCAAACAUGUCUACGUGAAGAACAAAGAAGGAGUAGAAAUUGGUUAUAACUACUGCUCAAAGUUGAGAAUGAAUUCGUUUGAUUUUUACUUAAGCAGUGAAUUGAAGAAGUUCCCCCCAAUUGAAGAAAUUUCGUAUGACCUGCAAAACCUGUGCUUUGUGGUGGACUACAAGGAUGAGGAAAAGAAGAGGUACUCAUUCGAAGGGGGAAUAUGCAGGGCGUUCGAGGAUGCCGUGGAGUAUUUGAAUAAACGAAAGGGCGAGGAAAACAACGCAGCAGAAAAUGUAGAAGAGGGUGGCGAAGAACUUGACAGUGGUGGUGAUCGCGCUGAUGGUGAGAAGCAAAAUGCAGAGGAGGACCAAGAGGAAGGGGAUAGCCAGGUGGACAUGAACAAGGAGACAGAUGAAAAUAGCCAAACGGAUUUGAAUAACCAAACAAAUUUGAAUAACCAAACAGAUGGCAACCAUGACCCGCACAACAUUGCCGACUUUGUGCAGGACGAAAGGAACCACGCCCAGCUAGACGACACGUUCAAAGAAUUGAACUACUUCGAGUGCAGGCAAAAAUUACCAAGUAGUAACACGUGCGAGCAGACCAAGUUAGCCUACAGCUUGAAACCUUGGGUAAAAGGAAUAAUUUGGGAAGAAAAAAUGAAAAAGUGGGUUGUGUUCUUUAAAGACAUAAAUAAAAACUUAAGAAUAAGCUUUUUCAAUCCAUGUGACUAUAAUAACGAUGUUAUACUUUCUUAUAAAAAAUGCUGUGAGUAUUUUCUUCAAAUUAAAAAGUCCAAUAAUUUUGACGAAAAUGAGGAGGAUUUUUCUGAGUCCAUUCGAGACUUCAUUAAAAACUUUGAGUUUGAAAACACGACAGGUGAGCAUCACCCGAAUGAAGGUAACAAUGAGGGGGAUGAAAACGACGAUGAGGGUGGUGCAGGGGCAGAUCUGAUUAAAGCGAACCAAAGCAAAAGCCUAGAUUAUUAUAGUAAAGAUAAGGACCACAUGAAUUUUGGUGACUAUAACCAGGUGAAUAGUAGCUACCUCAGUAAGAUAAGUGAAAUGCUGCUUUCCAUGCGGAAGCAAAACAACAAUCGUAAUGGCAAUGAGCAGUAUGACGAUGAAUUGAAUGAGGAGGACCAGGAUGAUGCAGCUUCUAUGCAGCAGUUUCCAAAUGGUGGAAAAACGGCUGAAAAAAGAAAAUUCAACCUGAUGAACAAUGCAAAUGACAGUAACAAUUUAAGCUAUGCAGACGCAAGGAAGUUAAUAAAGUUGGAGUUACCCAACGAUGAGGUUCUUCACUCCUCUCAGAAUGGGAAUGACCUAAAGGGGAACAACGCUAUGGCGCUGCUUCAAGCAUAUAAGUACGCAGCAGAUCUAGCCGAUCGGAAAGGGAAUGGAAAAGGCGACUUGCUGUUUAUGCAAAAUAGCGAAUUUUUUAACCAAAUUAAUCAUUCCAAUCUUGUUGAUAAUGAGAAAACAAGAAAGAGGAAAAAGGGCAACAAACGAGCAUUUGGAAAGGGCAAACAUGGCAUUGGAGAAAACGCAGAUAAUGCUGCUGCAGGUAGCGAUAACACAGAAAGUGAUGACGAAAACGACCGGAACGAUGCAAACAGAAACAGCAACAGUGGUCGUACUGUGCGAAAAGGACUACUAGUGGAGAGCAAAAAAUAUUUUGACCUCCAAGAGAGUGGCCAUCUACUUAACGGAAGUAAUGACUACCUGUUGAAUGACGAAGAUGGAAGUUAUAAAAUGGAUUACUCCGGAUCGGAGAGGCAGAAAAAGGCAAAUCUAACCAAUGAAUAUGGUUACAACAUUACAUCCUCCACCCACAACAAUAAUAGCAAUACUUAUCAGGAGGAUGGUACGGCCAUCGCUGGAAGGGGCAUAAAGAACGAAGCAAAUUAUGACUCGAAUUUUCUAGGAGGGAAUAAUAUCGACUCCAAUAGCGACAUAAUGAUGAAUGGGAACAACGCAAAUAGUAAUCACAUAAAUUUGUUGAAGCAACAACAGGGAGUUGUAGCAGGGGCGGAUAUUGCCGCUAUGCUAGAGUAUGUUAGAAAUAAUGCCGAUAACGGUACUACUACUACCAUGAAUACAGACUUGACGCAUAGUAAUAAUAACGGCAAAGGGGGUGCCCUGCGAAAUUAUGAAAAGUACACAUCCAACAUGGACAAUAGAUCCAUUAACAAAACGAAUGAGAAGCUAGAUUCCCUUAUUGAGAACAACAUAAAUGUGAGACUGCCCAAAAGUGAAAUACUAAACCAAGCCGCGAGCUUGCCAAAGUUGCAAGGAAUGUUCUUUGACAAGAGAAGAAACUACUGGACUGUGAGUGUAUGCGGAUUUAGGAAAUCCUUUGGUGUUCGAACGAGAGGAGUGUACCAAGCAUACAAAAUGGCUGCCGAGUUUCGUAACCGAAUCUUAGAAACGAACAAAGGGAAAUGCUAUCCUCAGAAAAGCUCAAGUAUGUCUAGCAACUAUAAAUAUAAUUUAAAAAAUGCCAACAAUAAUGGACUGAUUAAAGACGAAAAAGGAAGUUUUGCACUUGAGUCUGCUGUGCCCAAUAUGGAGGACGAAAAUUUUAAAAAAAAAACCAUGUCUUUGUGUAACAUGGGCAAUGGUAAUAACGAUAAGGAUCUCCUUCCUGGGGGAGACCCACGAGGUGUAGCAGGCAUGGGAAGUGGUGCCUUCGGCUCAAAGGGAAACAACAACCUUGGAUUCGUUACCUCCAACAUUUAUGACUACCUUUGGGAUAAGAAGUCCAACGGAAUGGCAGGCGUCUCCGCAAGUAAUUGCAGUGCAGUUUGUGGUGCAGUUUGCACGGGAAUGUGUACCGCAAUUGGGGGAAGCACAAUUUGCAGCGGAGCCUGUGGCGGAAUCUGCUCAGGCAACUGUAGUGGAGGUAAGAAGGACGUAACGAACAACAGCACCACGAACAGCGUAAGUUAUGACGAAAAUUUUACCAAUUUGGAGGACGAUAAAACAAACCUGAAUGGAAAGACUAAUAAAUACAUUGGUGAAAAAAGACUCCGAGGAAAUUAUAUCCCAUCCAAGAACGAAAAUGGAAUAAUGUCAAUGAUGACGGAUUCGAAUUUAAUGCAGCUGUUAAAUGAAGGAACAGGAGCAGAGGCAUUGCUCAGAGAUAACAAAACUGGCCAAUUGAAGAAACUAAACGGGCACAAUGUGUCCUCUAGCAAUAGCGCCAUAAGCAACAACGGUGGGAACCCAACCAAUUAUUCCCCAACACAUAUAUACGAAGUGGAUAAUAAUAACGGUAACCAGGAUUAUUACCUGAAGGGGGAGGAUGGAAAAACUGACUUGAAUAAAUCAGAAGAUUACAAAAAUGGAAAGAGCAACAGUAGUAGCAACCAUGUGAGUCCAAGCAUGAAUUUGAUAAAAGCUGCCAUGAACAUGAACAGCGAUGAUGGAAGCAAGACGGGUAAUGUAAGCUUUGCCGGGCUGGACAGCGAUGAUGCUCCAAAUAACAACCUGCACAAAAUAUCAACAACGUUCGGCGAGCAGCUUUCACAUGAGGAGCCCUACGGAAAAAACGUCACCCAUAACGACUACGACGUGCACACACAGAACAGUAAAGCGAUGACCGAAGUAGAAUUGCUAAAUAAAUUGAUAUCGCACAACAUCGACGAAAAUUUGUGCUUAUCCUUUUCAAAUAAUAUGCCAUAUUCAGGAGACGAAAACUAUGAACAAGGAAAAGAAGAUCUAUACAAAACGUACAACUUCGAUGGGGAUAAUAAGUCGUUCAAUUUUGGCUCACUGUUAGACGAAACUGUCGAAGAAAGAGACAUACGAAUAAACAAAGAGGUCCACAAGUGCAAAUUUGUCGAAGGGCUCAUAUAUGACGAAGCUAACAAGUGCUUUCGAAUUAAGAUUAAUGGGUACAGGAAGGCUUACUCAGUUAUAAGACGUGGUGUUAAAGAGGCCUACAAGUUGAGCAUUGCAGCUAUUCAACAGAUUCGGGGGCAGGCACACAUCGGAGCACUAAGCGGUCUGAAUAUCGGCCUGAACGGCAACAGCCCAAGUAGUGGAAAUCUCGUCGGUGGAAAACUGAACAACACAUCCGAGCAGGGACAAAUAAACUCCAACAACUUAACACACCUUUACAACUCCAGCCCAGAAAAUUCCAAACACGGCCCACUCUACAACUAUCAUCAGUACAAGAACAAGCAGGAAACGCAGAACGAUUUCGCAGAUGGCAUGUUUGAAAAAGCACCCGAUGUAAACAAUAAUGAAUCCACGCAAGUGGACUCGAACAGAGACGAUUCCUUGGGCGAAACGAAAAAGGUCCCAAGAGAAAAUAACAAUGCCUUCCCAACACUCAACAUUGACGACAAGUAUUAUGAGCUUCUCAAAACGGCCAUCAUCAUUUGCCUGAAUGACAUUCUAAUGAAUUCCAUCCCCAAGUUGUUUCAUCUAUACAAAAAUAUCAGCUCCACAACGAACGUAAAAAUUGAAGACGUGUUAAAUACCGAGAAGAAGAAAAAGGAGCAGUCCAUCAAGUACCACAUAGAGUACACCCAGAAUUCCAUUGGUGUAUCAUCUCUUAUUCCGUACCUUCGACUGUUUAGCAUGGAAAUUUUAAACAACGUUCUGCCGUCAACCCAGUCCCUCGAAAUUCAGAGGCAGAUCAUCCACUCGCUCGAUUUGCAGACCUACAACACGUCCUACUGA